AUGGGUCGCGUUCGCACCAAGACCGUCAAGAAGUCCGCCAAGGUCAUCAUUGAGCGGUACUACCCCAAGCUCACCCUGGACUUCGAGACCAACAAGCGCAUCUGCGAUGAGAUCGCCAUCAUCGCCUCCAAGCGCCUCCGCAACAAGAUUGCCGGAUACACCACCCACUUGAUGAAGCGUAUCCAGCGUGGCCCCGUCCGCGGUAUCUCCUUCAAGCUCCAGGAGGAGGAGCGUGAGCGCAAGGACCAGUACGUCCCCGAGAUCUCCGCCCUCGACUUCACCCAGAACACCGAGAGCGGCCAGCUCGAGGUCGACGUCGAGACCAAGGACCUGCUCAAGCACCUCGGCUUCGACUCCAUCCCCGUCAACGUCACCCCCGUUGGCCAGACCCAGGUCCAGGAGCGUGGUGGCCGCCGCUUCGGCGACCGCCCCCCCCGCCGCGACUAA